ACCCCAUGUAUUGACGUUGACUUUAAUUUUCACAAGAUCCGAAAUUUUUUCUCCUUGCUCAAAAUGAGUUCCUACAAUUUACCAGCUCCUUCGGCUUCAUCGGGGGAUUUUAGGAGCUUGAAACCAGACUUUCCGGAUGAGGGUCAACCCUUGGCGGCCGGUGAAUAUGCAAAUGAAGCACCGGUGGAGAUGUAUAAUGAAUUAUCCGUCCCACCUCCACAACAUACAGAUCUACGUCAACGUACGGGAUCUAUUUAUGGACUUCCAGGUGCGACUCGUAACAGUGAUUGGGACGAAACAAGUGGUCGUAGUGGCAGUCUUUCUGGUUUUGUUCGCCAGAGAAAUUCUUCAUAUGGCAUCGUCCAUCCAUCUACCGAUGAGAAAGCCCCCGGACGCACAUACUUUGAUCAACAAGAUCCAACUGACAACAACGAAUCAUCCACUAGUAUUUUGGGCUUAAGUGGAGAGCAUACAGUGAAGCAAUUACGUCUAUCAAACGCCCUCAAAGUACGUGAAACCACAACAAUUUAUGAAGUCUGCCGUCUAAUGACUGCUCGAAGCACUGAUGCUGUUUUACUUACCAACUCAUAUGAGUUGCUCAGUGGUAUAUUGACAGGCAAGGAUAUUGUAAGAAGAGUUGUUGCUGCUGAGAUUGAUUAUGUGAACACACCUGUCUCGAAGGUGAUGACAAAGGACCCACAAUAUGUACUCUCUGAGACGUUGGUUGUGGAAGCCCUGAAAAAGAUGCUGCAAGGGAAAUUUGGACACUUGCCUGUUGUAGAGGAUGGCGAGGUUAUUGGGCUACUUGACAUGGCAGCUACUGUUGAAGGUUUAAAUUUAAACAAGUUAUAGAGAAUGUUAGAUUGAUUAUAAAGUGGCAACUUAAUGAUCAGUACGUAUUGAUUUCUGACUGUUUUCAUUUGAACCUGUGUUGUAUGUUGUUGACGUAAGAAUUUAUGAAUAAACAAAUAAGAUAACAUCUA